AUGAUGAUUGUUGUGAACGUUGUUUUAAAUUCUCCGGCGUCGUACCCAGGAUCGAUUGCUGCGAUUUCAAAUGCUAAGAAUGACGACUAUUAUAUGGAAAGAUUACCCGGAGACGACACAGGAAUAACUAAUGUAGGAAAUGUGCUUGUUAGUGAAGGCAAGCCUGGAAAAGUUGUACAGAUUCAUGUUAAAAAACGCAUCGGCACUAUAUCGGCUUUUCCAGAUAACAUACAACAGAUUCUAGCGAAACGAUACGAAGGCAAAAUUGUUGGCUUAGGUGGUAUAUUCCUGACAAAACAUGGAGAACUGACGCAACAUGUGUUAGAAUCAGGAACCACGGAAGUGACUUUUCUCUAUUACAACAUGUCUGCCCCUAUAAUAUCAGCUGGAGCUAUUGUAUCAUCCGAAACGGACUUGGCGUUUGCACCUUACCACUUUCACGGCUUUUCGCAUCUUAAAUCUUGUGGGCAUUAUCAUUUUGAUGUUACUCCUGAUGAAAUCGAAUAUUUAGGCUACUUUACUCCAGCAAAAGUGAUAUCGAGAGUGAAGGCUUAAAAUUCAGUAUCCUCAUAAGUUUCUAGCCCUGCAGAAGGCGCGGAUUUUAAUUAUUAAUCAGACUACAAUAUACUAUUAAUAUUACUGUCACUGAGGCCUAGUGGUCGGAACGCUUGCCCC